AUGAGAGUGGAGGAAGGGGCUGCAUUAGACUACAACAGAAACUACUCUCUGGACAAGCAGGAACCUGACUGUGAGAUUGAACCUGAGGUUACCAACAACAAUAGGUGGAAGCGCAACAUAGGAUGUAAAGACUGCUUUUGCACCAAGCUGUGUUGUCAUGAUUGUAUUGUUGCGACUCAUACUAAAAAUCCAAUGCAUCAGAUCCAGGAGUGGAGAGGCUCUUACUUCAUGACCAUCUCACUCAAGAAGCUAGGGCUGCAUGUGCAGCUUGGACAUCCAGCAGGUGCUAAAUGUCUGUUUCCUAAGAGGGCAUUUAAUGACGACUUCACUCUCAUUGAUACCAAUGGGAUCCAUGAGAUCGGCCUGGAUUUCUGUGGUUGUGAGACCGCUCAGACACAUAUGAAGCAGCUGCUUCAUACAGCCUGGUUCCCAGCAACAACUACUGAUCCUCGACUCUACCCACGAAAGGAUUGUUAUGAAGCAUUUAUGCAGAUAGUGCGCGAAUGGCAACAUCUGAAAAUGUUGAAGCGGGCUGGCCGGGGAUACAAUUCAGCCAGUGUAGAGAGUACUGGAAGCGGCAAAUGUGCUGUGCUAUGCCCAGCUUGUCCACAACCAGGUAAAAACCUACCUGAUAACUGGCGCGAUGCACCAAAAGGAAAACAUUGGUUGUAUGCUCUCUUUGUGGCAAUUGAUGCCAACUUCCGCCUUAAAAGGCACAUAGUGUCUAAGGAUAGCAUGGACCCUAGCCUUAGUUGCAGCUGGGCUUAUUUUGUUGAGGAGACUGCCUACAAAAAAUAUCUACAAACCUGCAGCGGUAACACACAGCAGAAAAGCACAUGUUCAUCACAUAAUGCCAUGAACAUGGCAGACUCGAAAGCAUUGCAUGGUCUAGCCGUCAUAGGAGUUGGGACCAUUGAUUGUGCAUGGCACAACAUGAAGCUGCUGAAUGGUGUUGGCAAUUUACAAAAAGGCGAAAGAUAUAGUAAUAUGGAUCUUUUGUUCUUCUCAGCACUCCGUGGACGCUGCACCAACACACUCAAUGUUUCAUAUGACAUUGCUUGUCAGUGGCACAAGAAUUUAUGGCAGAGGAUGUCGACAAUGCCACUCAACCUCCGUCUGGAUCAUCUGGCAAUAUUUGUCAGGUUUUUUGUUCCAAAGUUCCACCUCCCCGCACACGUGUUGACAUGCCAGACCAAUUUUUCGUUCAAUUUUUCGAAGAAUGUUGGACGAACAGAUGGUGAAGCGCCUGAACACGGAUGGUCAAAUAUCAACCCCAUGGCCUCUAGUACCAAAGAAAUGGGGCCAGGCUCACGGAGAGACGUACUUGAUGACCAUUUUGGCGACUGGAACUGGAAGAAGGUUGUAGGGCUUGGUAGGCGCAACAUUCGUAAAAUGAUGGAGGCCAAGAAAGAACAAGAGGCACAUCAAACAGCAUUUCAAGAACUCCACAAGGCGCUGGCACCCGAGACAACAGAGGCCUGGACGGUCAAAGUUGAAUCCUGGGAGGAAAAUCCAAAUGAUCUUUCGGUCACAAAUCCAUUCAAAUCAAAAGUCAUUGUAUUACAAGCUGUUACACAAGCUGCUAUUUGCCUCAAACUCACUCAGCUCGAGGCAUACAAGCUCCAAGAAGGGACCGAUGUUUCCCUGCAUGCCGAAGUGUCCCCUAGCAUAUUUCUUGCAUUGGGGAUCAUCCUCGAGAAUGAACAACGAUGUCUGAAAGCAAAUAUCAGCAAGCAAGGACUGCAUGCCACAGAUACGCAAAUGGCUGCAAUUCAGCAGCUGUGGAAUGCUUUACAGCGGAAGAUUGAUGCCUGGAAGUGCAUCCAAAUGCUCUACACUCCCGAAGUACAGCUACUCGAGUCCACAAUCAAUACCCCUUCCCGCCAUAUGUCCGAUAUAAUCACGCCGGAAGAUGCUAACCUCUGGCUCCCAUCAGCUCUUUGUAGCAAGUCCAUGGUUCCUAAUGCCCGACUCGUCUCAACCGAGUGGGAGUUGCGGUAUGCUCAGGCUGGCAAUGCUCUUGAAGAAAUCCGACAGAGCCUCUGCAUGCAUGGCUACAUUGCUAAUACUCGUGCGCAGAACACUCUCAGCCGUGUUGAAGCGAAGACUGCAGCUGCAGCAGAUAAAUAUUGCACCGCUCACACAGCUCUCUCGUCUCUCGCCCCAGUGCUUUGUAAGAUUGGCUGGGAUGAUACAUUCAAAGUGCUUGACAGGAACAAUGAUGUACGCAGGAUGUCAGCUCCAAGGCAUGGAGAGAGCGAAGGUCGAAGGCAACUGCCAUGGAUCUGGUUAGUUGAAGGUGUCAGAGAUGAUGCAGACAAGGCAAUACAAGACGGUCUUAGGCUCAAAUGGUGCAAAUCUCGAGCUAGGGCUGCACACUGGGUAGAAGAAGUAGAGCUCCUUCAGGAGGAGAUGUGCAGGGUGGUGUGCUUUCUUAGGUGGCAUGGAGGCUGGUGGAAAAAUAAGGUUGGAGAAUGUGCGCUCGUCAUUGCCAGCGACAACGAGAGUCUGAUAGCCUAUGAAGGUCUGGUGGCAUACGCCCGUUGCCAGGCCCAGCUCAGGCAUGAUCUGGCUGACUGCUUUGACAGGAUAUGGGCAAUACAUCUCCUACCAGCAGCUACCUCUACUAGCAUGACAAGUUUGAGUAGUGCUUGUCAAGAUCACUUUCCAGAUCUCCACCUUCCAGAUGCUGUGCUUCACCCUUGA